AUGCGAGAAGGUAAGAAGGAUAAGGAGCCGCUACCGAUAUAUGAGUCACAUCCCCCUCAAUGGCUUCCAAGGACACAUAAGUCAGCAGACGUCGGGUAUCCUGGAUUCUAUCCUCCUAGACCUGGCCAAGAUGAAGACAUCCUAUCAGAAGCGAAUGUGAAAAAUGGAUUUGUGUUGGCUGCGUCAGUCCAGUCCGAAUAUUCGACCACUACAGAUACAAUCAAGCAGGAUGUUACCAAAAACAUUUUUGACGAGAACGCGGUAAUGGACUUAGAAAAUCUGAUGAACGAAAUCUUCUCCAGGCGUGUAGAAAAUAUACCCCUCAUACCACCUUCAACGUUCAAAAUUCCUUCCAGAGUAACUGCAAACGACGCCAAGCGUCAAGCAUGGUUCGCUGACCUCGCUAACCCCGAUGUGCCACUUUAUAAGUUAGGAAAAAGUGUACCGCAUGGCGCCAAAGGACAUGAUCUCCUAGAUUUACUUCACACAAACAAUGUAGCCAUUCAUAGGGCUGUUUGGUUCCUCCGUGUUUUUGGCGCUAAUGAAACGGCUGGCCUACGUAACAAGCCAUCGUACAAUCCAACGCAGUAUAGUGUCGACUGGGCGAUUGUGGUGACGAGUUACUUGAAGAAACAACUAGCUGACAUCGCAUUGCCGAGUGCUCCACGACCCGGUUUGAACAUCAAGCAGACAUUCAAAGGCGUAUUGUCAGAUGCUGACACAAAAGAACGCUGGAUUUCGCGUUUCACUUACUGUCUCAAACUAUUGAAGACUUUUUAUUCUGAAGGAUUAGUCGAUAAUCGAAUAUUUCUAGUUUGGCUCGUACAGCAAAUGUCCUCCUGCAACCUCGCUCAAGCCGGUUUCGUCGCUCGACUCGCCGACGAAUAUCUGGAUGGUUUGCUUGGCAAUCGAGCUUUGGCCCGACCCUUUGUUGAAGCCUGUCUCACAAAGCUAUCAGAGAUCCACACCACUUUUGCUCAAAAUCAUCUUAUGGACCUGGAAGGACUUUUAAAGACCCUUUUGCAACGAAUAUGUAUGACACUCUCGGAUGCCUUCGUUAGUCCAAGCGUGUGGACAGCACACUCCUCUCUCAUAACAGAAGCUUUGUCAUCCAACCUCGCUGGGCAGCCUGGAGGCGAUCAACUACAAAGUCACAAAGAUGUUUUAUCUAUUCUUCUCGACAACUUGACCGACAUAAAGCGUCGUAAUGAAGCAAUGCUCUUCCGCAAUCUUCCACCUCGCGCUCUGGCGCGAAUGGGAUCUGUUGUUGCCGACAUCCAGGUUCUCAAUUCCAUAUCCAGCACUACAGAUCUUGAGAGCGUGGCCUUCUUCGAUGAUGCAUCCGACGCCGCCUCCACAUUUGGAGAGAAGCUCGACAUACUGCUCACUUGGAGUGUCACUCCGCUUCAGUACGGCGAACAUCGGCCUUAUGCUGCCAUUACCCUUCUUCGCCGCUGGCGUGAGCGUAAUGGAAAUCGCGCUAUUCGACGAGACGUCUCUUCUCCUGAAGCUUUCCUGCAAGAUCAACUCUUUGACUGGCUUGAUUCAUCCGAUAUAGCUGGUGAGCCAGGGAACUUGAGGUCAGUAGCAGUACUCUUCGGAAAGUUUGUCAAACACGAGUUGUUCUCGUAUGCAAAUUACGUGACGCGGCUAAUAGCUCGUGGUGAACCUUCGCUGUCCUACACGCAGGAGCCUGGAUCCCGUCAUCGUGACUUCCUCCGAUGGAUUCCCAUACAUGAACUCACGCCGUCACUAGUCAACCAACGCAAAGUCACUCUUCAUGGUGCGAGGGCCCGAGAGACCCCAGAAGAUCUCAGCGAACGUGAAAUUCGUCGCGAGAUUAGAGCCGUCCUUCCCAUUGUGUUUGGAGGAGUCUCCCAUCCGCAAUUUGACUCCAUAGCCGCUUUUCGGGAAAGUUGUCCGACUUUACUCGUUGCGCCUCGCUUUGAGCAGGUGAGAACUUACAAGCAGUGGUUUUUGCCCAAUUUUCGCAAUCACGCGCAAGGAUCUGUCAACCAAGAAAAUCUCCUCAAAUCAUAUUGUACGGCAGUAGAGCUCUUGGACAUGACAAAAUGUUUCGGAUCCAUGUUAGAGCUUAGUCUUAUUAUAUUGGAACACGCAUCAAGUGUAGACUUAUUGACAGCAGUCAACGAAACAUUUCACAGAUUCGCGACCAUCUGGACAUCCAUGAAUGUCACUGGCACCAUCACUGCUGCACUGCAUGCCGCCCAUCUAGUGUGGAGAACCCGUGGAAUACAGAUGCGGUCAUUACUCGCCUUGUUGGUAGAAAUGGACAACGGCAGGCAUUUAGAUGUGACGUCUCGAGAGCAUGUGGCUGCUGACAUCGCCUCUUUUACGCAUGCUCUCAAUCCUGAGACAGACCAUCCGAAUCCAGUUCCUUCCCGCCUCCCUGAGAUCCUCCUUCUUGCAGAGGAUCCAAAUCCAGAGGGUCCUUCGAUACUUGCCAACAGCCUUUGGUACAAAUACCGGACAGCCUUUGAUUGGGCCUGGAAGGUCUGGGAUAACACUGUCGCAAGCCUUCGCCUAAUUCCAAAUAUGACCAAUGAGACGACAAACCGACAUUCUAUCGCUCUUCGAUAUGGCCAUUUUCUUUUGCAUAUCGACAAGCAUCUUCCAGGGGGUUUCGAUGACCAGGUACUCCAGUGGUUUUUAGGUACUGGCAAGAACGAGGUGUCUGGGCUAUGCGCCGAGGCGUGGGACGUCCUAACAGUGGUCUUACUUUAUCUCUGUAUCCAGGGUGCUUUAUCAACGACCUCAAUUCUGAGAGGCCUCGUCUAUCCUGCAUGGCAGCUCGCUGCCAAUGUAAGUUCAGACCAUGAAGCUCAAUCACUACGCAGAUACUUAGAAGCUGCAAAUCGUCUUUUUGACUUGCUUCUACUACAGGAGGGUGGCAGCAUCACGAGCACAUUACCUGUCGAGCUUUUAGAUUUACAACGAAUUCGCACCCGAAGGCAGGAUGUAUUCCGGGAACCCCAUUUCUCACUAUUUGUCAGCAACAUCCCCACUCUCGUAUUUAUCGAAAAAAACAUGGUCCUUUCCGAUGACUUUCGUCAACUAGCGGCUUCAUUGCGAUGUUCGGCAUGUGAGAAUGAUGACUUCAGACAGUCAUGUUAUCGGAAUUUAGAGAUUGUUCGUGCGAGUUUUGAACACCCAUUGCAGUCGGACGCGAUAGCGGAACCUCUGUGUGAACCGUUGGUGAAUGCUCUCAAUCGCGAUAUGUCUACGGUGCUAAGUCCUUGGAGGCUCGCUGCGACUGCCAUCCAAAUGCAGUUUGCUCUUAGACAACUAGGGCGUGCACUAGGUAAUGAGCUGACUAGUAAUGCGGCAGGCGAGUCUCUCGACAAGAUGACAUCAACACUGUUCCAUCACUCUAUGACUUCUGAAGAAGCUUACUUUAUUGCUGAAAUGGCAAAAGGUGUUGACGGACCAGUCGCUGUUAAGUUCAUAAACAACGGUUUUCAAUACAUCAUCGAAGUCUUCAGCAAUAUCCCUCAGCCAGCUCAAUCCGCCGUCCUGUUAGACCGUGUUGAAAGAGCUGGCGAAGUGGUUCGAGUUCUAUCGCAUGUUGCUGAGCCACUACGGGAGGCCGCUCGAUUCGCACAUCUACAGGUCGAUAUUCCAACGCAAGAAAUGCUGGUCACUGUUAUAUAUGGAAUGUUUAACACUGUGGAAUCAUUGUUGACUAGCGCAGCGGACGACUCAGAGACGGCAUCACAAGCAACUCAUACACUGGUUUUUCUCGCUCGUCUCUUGCAAUUUGAUCUUGGUUUUGCCGGGAUGUGGACCUCGAAGUUUCGAGAAGCUGCAAGUAAUUUAUGUACAACUUUAUUUCGCCUUGUCUUGCUUCAUGCCUCAGGUCCAUUUUUUGGUCUUGUAGCGUAUCCUUUACUAUUGGAUACUUUGUUUUAUCUCAUCGACGAGCUCUCAACGCAAGCGAAAAGUGGAACUCUCGAUUAUUUUAGAUAUUAUCCCAAUCUUACCGAGUCUGAUUUAUCACACGACAUACCUAUUGAGUACCGACAACAACUUUGCACCUUACUCCCACAACUCCCGGCCAAUCCAGUCGUGAUCAACCUUUCGAACGCCUAUCGUGACCCCUCUGGCCACCUUGUUCACGGGUCACCUGUCUUAAAUAGACCCUGGGAAUGGACCGAAAAUUUAGGUGAACCUGCUGCACCUAUGAACUCCGACGAAGAACACAAGGAGAGGGAGGAACAGGUGAAAAACUCUGCCUCGCUCUCGCUCGAACUCUUCGCUGCGCGCCACGCAGGUGGACGUAUUAUCCGCAGCUCCGGGGUUGUAGAGGAGCCGCGUACAGAAAGUGACAUUCGAUUGUUCGAGGAUAAUGUGUCGUCGGAGAGCAUAUAUCGACGAGACUGGAGGGAAAGCCGCUUAGAGUUCCAACGGGAACUUAAAGCCAGUGGGAAUGUUUUCAAAGGAGAGGAGGGGGACGAGGUCGGGGCACUGCAUGUAUUCGCGACGCAGGGAAGGGCGCCAUCACGUAGGACUUCUCCCGCCUCAUCAGUCAAAUCUCGUGGUUCUGCUCAUGGUUCACUGCGACAAAGUCCUGGGCAGCUGUCUUAUCACCGCGCCUCCACAUCCACAAUGAGUGAGUCCAUCGAAGUGGACAGUGCUGGUACUUCGAGCUCAAUCGUCAAGAUAUCCCACAAACGGAAGGUUUCAACUGAUGAUGAGGUCGAGAUUAUAGAGGGUCCGUUGCCCAAUACUUCACGCAUGAAAAAAGCCAAAGUCAAGACAGCCACAACCAAAGCUAAAACAAAAAAACGAUGA